AUGUCUAGCAUUGUAAUAGAGUCUUUACUUCAUGCAUCAAGCACCCUCGGCCAACCCAACAAGAGAUGGCACUGGGCUUUUGUGUCCAUCUAUUGUUCUAGAGCCCUACUAUUCCCUACUUCCAAGCUGGAUUCUCUACCCGAGAAGGCCAAAGUUUCACGCUCACCAUCUUUCGUAUUUUUGGAUCUGAAUUCAGACAGGAGGUUCAAAAUCGAUCAAACAACUCUGACUAAGCUCGUCAAAGAGAAAAAUGUUGACAAGCUCCGAGAAAUUGGAGGGGUUGAUGAAGUAGUAUCCAGUCUUGAAAUCAAUGUUAAAUCCGGGAUUCAUGGUGAUGUUGAAGACAUUGCUCGUCGACAUGAGGCUUUUGGUUCAAACACGUAUAAAAGACCCCCAACAAAGAGCUUCUUCCAUUUUGUAGUGGAAGCCUUCAAGGAUCUUACCAUCUUCAUCCUUCUAGGCUGUGCAGCACUUUCUCUUGCAUUUGGCAUAAAAGAGCAUGGACUAAAAGAAGGAUGGUAUGAUGGUGGAAGCAUAUUUGUUGCUGUAUUUCUUGUCAUCGUUGUUUCCGCCAUAAGUAAUUUCAGACAAAAUAGUCAAUUUGACAAGUUAUCCAAAGUCAGCAGCAAUAUCCAAGUUGAUGUUUUGAGAGCUGGACGGCGUCAACCUAUUUCAGUUUUUGAAAUUGUCGUUGGAGAUGUCGUUUGCUUAAAGAUCGGAGAUCAAGUUCCAGCAAAUGGGCUAUUCUUAGACGGGUACUCAUUGCAAGUGGACGAAUCUAGCAUGACAGGGGAGAGUGAUCACGUAGAAGUAAAUUGCAGGCAUCCAUUUUUAGUCUCUGGUACUAAGGUAGUCGAUGGCUAUGCUCAAAUGCUUGUCACUUCGGUGGGCAAGAACACAACAUGGGGCGAGAUGAUGAGUUCCAUCAACCGUGAAACAAGCGAACAGACACCUUUACAAGCUCGCCUCAACACGCUAACGUCAUCAGUAGGUAAGGUUGGUUUGGUAGUCGCUUUCCUCGUUCUCGUAGUCUUGUUGGUUCGCUACUUCACAGGAAAUACAAAAGAUGAGAAUGGAAAUAGGGAGUUCAAUGGCAGCAAGACAAAGGUUGACGACAUAGUCAAUGCUGUCGUGGGGAUUGUAGCUGCUGCAGUUACAAUUGUCGUGGUAGCAAUUCCUGAAGGUUUACCACUGGCUGUCACGCUUACACUUGCUUAUUCUAUGAAGAGAAUGAUGGCUGAUCAGGCAAUGGUGCGGAAGCUCCCUGCCUGUGAGACCAUGGGCUCUGCCACCACCAUUUGUACUGACAAAACAGGCACUCUCACGCUGAACCAAAUGAAGGUGACAAAGUCUUGGCUUGGGAAAGAAUCUUUUGUAGCUAAUGCUCACUCAAUUGCUCCACAUGUACUCGAAAUGUUCCAUGAAGGAGUUGCUCUGAACACAACUGGUAGUGUUUUCAAACCUAGUUCAGGAUCUAAAAUCGAGUUCUCAGGUAGUCCUACUGAAAAAGCAAUUCUUUCAUGGGCUGUUCUGGAGCUAAACAUGGAAAUGGAGCAAUUGACGCAAAGUUGCACGGUUCUUUUUGUCGAAGCAUUCAAUUCCAAGAAGAAACGAAGUGGGGUCCUGAUGAGGAGAAAGGUAGACAACACAACCCACCUACACUGGAAAGGAGCUGCAGAAAUGAUACUGAAGAUGUGUUCAAGCUACUAUGAUGCUUCUGGAAUUAUUAAAGAUCUAGAUGAUGGUGAAAAGAUGAGAUUUGAGAAAAUUAUUGAAGGUAUGGCAGCUAGCAGCCUCCGGUGCAUUGCUUUUGCCCAUAAGCCAGUUUCAGAAGAAGAUACUGUAGAUGGCGAAGAACAUAAAAGGCUAGAAGAAGAUGGUUUGACCCUUUUAGGACUGGUGGGACUUAAGGACCCAUGUCGUCCAGGGGUGAAGAAAGCUGUAGAAGAUUGCCAAUAUGCUGGUGUGAACAUCAAAAUGAUCACUGGAGACAAUGUCUUCACAGCAAAAGCUAUAGCCACUGAAUGUGGAAUACUAAGGCCGGGCCAAGACAUUCUCGGUGGAGCAGUAGUAGAAGGUGAGGAAUUCAGAAAAUACACACCAGAGGAGAGAUUGGAGAAAGUUGAAAAAAUUUGUGUGAUGGCAAGAUCCUCUCCUUUUGACAAACUUCUGAUGGUAGAAUGUUUAAAACAAAAAGGCCAUGUGGUUGCAGUUACUGGUGAUGGCACAAAUGAUGCACCAGCAUUGAAAGAAGCUGAUAUAGGACUUUCAAUGGGGAUUCAAGGCACCGAGGUGGCUAAGGAAAGCUCAGACAUUGUCAUUAUGAAUGAUGAUUUUGCUUCCGUGGUCACAGUUCUUAGGUGGGGAAGAUGUGUCUAUAACAACAUCCAGAAGUUCAUCCAAUUUCAACUCACUGUAAAUGUUGCUGCUCUUGUGAUCAACUUCGUGGCUGCAGUUUCAGCUGGUGAAGUCCCAUUAUCAGCAGUACAGUUAUUAUGGGUAAACUUGAUCAUGGACACGUUGGGUGCCCUGGCUCUCGCAACAGAGAAGCCCACCAAGGAGCUCAUGAAGAGACAACCUGUGGGUCGGACUGAACCGCUAAUUACCAACAUUAUGUGGAGAAACCUCUUAGCACAAGCUUUAUAUCAGAUAGCUAUCCUCUCGACCCUGCAAUUCAAAGGUGAAUCCAUCUUUGGUGUGACUGAGAAGGUAAAUGACACAUUGAUCUUUAAUACUUUUGUGCUUUGCCAAGUCUUCAAUGAAUUCAAUGCAAGAAAGCUUGAGAAGAAGAACAUCUUCAAGGGGAUACAUCAGAGCAAGUUGUUUUUGGGAAUCAUAGCAAUAACCAUUGUCCUUCAGGUGGUCAUGGUAGAGUUUUUGAAGAAGUUUGCAGAUACAGAAAGGUUGAAUUGGGUGCAAUGGUGCGCAUGCAUUGGAAUCGCAGCAGCCUCUUGGCCAAUCGGUUGGAUUGUCAAGUGGAUACCUGUUCCACAUAAACCAUUUCUCAACUACCUUAAGAUGAGAAAGAUAUAAGGACUCGCACUAAAUCUUCAAUCUUAUUGAAGAUGGCUGCACACAGUGAUACACUCUUGCUGUCAAAUUUGA